AUGGCUCUGGGUGGCAGUUCAGAUUAUAGGCAGAACACAUUACACUUUGCAGUCUCUAAAACUCAGAAGGUGGACCCAAGGGCUUUAGUUGUGGCUGACAAGAUUUUGGUCAAACAGCCACCUUGGCUUAUGGUGGAUAAUCAUGAAGCGGCAACCCUUGCUUGUAACUACACCUAUGAUAAAACUCCAUCUGAAUUUCGAGCUUCGCUCCAAAAGGGAACAAACAGUGCCCUUGAAGUCUGUUUUGUGUAUGUAAAUGGAACCCAUAAGCCCUUGCUUUCCUCAAUUGAAGACUUCAACUGCUCUGUGAAUUUCGAUAAUAAAACAGUGAAGUUCCAACUCCGGAAUAUGAGUGUCAACCAAACAGAUAUUUACUUCUGUAAAAUUGAAUUCAUGUAUCCUCCUCCAUACCUCUCCAAUGAAAAGAGUAAUGGAACCAUCAUCUAUGUGAAAGAGAAGGAGGUCUGUCCUGGAACUUCUGAGUCUCCCAAACCCUUUUGGGCGAUUGUUGCGGCUCUGUGUGUCCUUGCUUUCUAUAGCUUGUUAAUGACAGUGGCCUUUUUUAACUGCUGGUUGAAAAGCAAAAAGAACAGAAUUCUUCACAGUGACUAUAUGAACAUGACUCCUCGGAGACCAGGACCAACUAAAAAACAUUAUCAGCCUUAUGCUCCAACCAGGGACUAUGCCGCCUAUCAAUCCUGACACAGACGCCUAUCCAGAAGCGAGCCGGCUAACACCCCUCUAUCUCCUCAACCCUGUUUGUCUGGAUAGGAAAUGCCCAUCUCCCAUCUCUAGCCGGUUAUAUUUGGCCUUUCGCAGGCCGCCUACACCUCUUUCAUGAAGAGAGUAACUCAAGUAUUUAAGAUCAUUUUGUAAUAUUAUGAAAUAGGAACCUCUAAAACAUUUUUUUUCAGGAGUAGGCAGGUUCCGUUUUGCAAGGUUAUCACUCAUGAGCAACCUCAACCUGAACUAGCCGACUUGACUGAAAAGUAUAGUGUUGGAGGAAUCCAACUCCAUUAGAUUUUUAUGUGGCAUAUAUGGCUACCCAUCCGUCCCAUCUGCCAAGAAACCACUGGUCUAGCUCCAUUUCCCUCCUCCUUACUCCACUUCAGUGAAGUUAAGAUCUGCCUCAAGCCAACAAAUGUAUAGGUGCAAGAAAGGAAAGGUGAGAGUAAAGGUCCCUUUGAAUGAGGGGAUUCGAUAGUUUGAAAAAGGUUUUGUUUUUAUCAUGCUCUGUCCAUAUAGAAGUCACAUACUUUUUCUUUUUGGAGGGGCGAAG